AUGAGCUACUACUACUCGUCUGCCUCCGAUGAGGACGGCAGCUCCCAGUAUUUGGGCAGUCCCAACUAUAACCUCACCCAGCUGCCCGUUUCUUCGCAGGAUUACGGGCAGUCGGCUUUCCUAUCCCCGGAAUGGCAAUUCCUGGAUACCGCAGGCGGAACUCAACUAGAACUGGCGCCCAACGUGGAAGUUCCAGCUUUGCCCACUCCGAAGCAAACCAAACGGCGUAGCAACAGCUCCUCGGGAUCGGAGGGCAGGAAGAGCAGUCCAGAGCAGACCAAUCUCAGUCCCACGGUCCAGAAGCGCAGACGACAGGCGGCGAAUGCCCGGGAGAGAAAGCGCAUGAACGGCUUGAAUGAAGCUUUCGAUCGCCUGAGGGAAGUGGUGCCCGCUCCCUCCAUCGACCAAAAGUUGUCCAAGUUCGAGACCCUCCAGAUGGCCCAGUCCUAUAUCCUGGCACUAUGCGAUCUCCUCAACAACGGCGAUGUGGAGGUGGAUGCCGCCGCCUACACACUCUUCGGCAGCGGCGAAAACAGUUUCGGAUUAAGCGGAGGUUCCUUAUCAUAG